UCCGUUGGCAGGAGGCGUGAGCUCUUGCGCAUGCGCAUCCCGCUCUCAAGAAAAGGCGAGGGAGAAGAGGGCGCCUGCGCGGAGAGGGGGCUUCCGGAGGGCGCAUGCGCGAGCACCUGGCUUAGCUGGGCUCCUCAGCGUCGGUCCCCGAGGCGAGGUCUGAGGGACGAAGACUGAAAAAGGACUUUUUUUAUGUCACCCUCAAAAGACAAGCUCAGCAGCUAUGGGUGAAUAUAGCCGCUUCAUUGAUUGGGAUAAGAUGGACUCUACCAUCCAGGACCAGGAUGCAAAGGAACUGACCAGCACCGAAUUUCAAGACCUGAAGCAACUGGCUCGCCAAGGGUACUGGGCCAAGAACCACUCCUUAAGAGCGAAGGUAUACCAGAAACUGAUCAGUGACAUCCCUUGCCGCACCGUGACGCCGGAUGCACACGUCUACAGGGACAUUGUAUUGAAAAUUGCUGGGAAGCGUAACAGCAGCAGCCUUCCGCUUCCAGAAUUUGUAGACAACAGCCUGGUUCCCACUUACUGCCUGAACGCGGAGGGCAUCGGUGCGGUCAGGAAGAUAAUCUCGUGCAUUGCCAGCCAGUUCCCAGACAUAUCAUUUUGCCCCGCUCUGCCUUCCGUGGUGGCGCUCCUCCUUCACUACAGCAGGGAUGAAGCCGAGUGCUUUGAGAAGGUUUGCCGUAUCCUGGCCUGCAACGACCCUUCCAAGCACUUAAUUGAUCAGACGUUCUUGGCUUUUGAGUCCUCUUGUAUGACAUUUGGGGAUCUGGUCAACAAGUACUGCCAGGCUGCCCACAAGCUGAUGGUGGCCGUCUCGGAAGACGUGCUGGAAGUGUAUUCGGACUGGCAGCGCUGGCUUUUUGGAGAACUCCCUCUGACUUACAUUGCUCGUGUCUUUGAUGUUUUCUUGGUCGAGGGCUACAAGGUUCUCUAUCGUGUCGCCCUGGCCCUCCUCAAAUUCUUCCAUAAAGUCAGGGUUGGGCAGACUUUGGAGUCGGACAAUAUACAACAGGACAUCCGUACUUUCGUUAGGGAUAUUGCGAAAUCGGUGUCUCCUGAGAGGUUGCUAGAGAAAGCGUUUGCGAUUCGGCUCUUCUCCCGGAAAGAGAUUCAGCUUUUGCAGAUGGCCAAUGAGAAGGCUCUUCAGCAGAAAGGCAUCACAGUGAAGCAGAAAAGCGUUGCAUCCCCCAAAAGGCAAAAUGUCCACUUGGCCGUUCAUGCAGAAAAUUUCAAGUCUGAAAUUGUUGACGUAAAGAAAAUGAGAGAUAUCUGGUCGUGGAUUCCCGAACGCUUUGCACUUUGCCAGCCUCUGCUGCUUUUCACCACCUCUGAGCAUGGAUGCAGCCUAAGCAGGUUCUAUUCACAUUGCGAGGGACAUGAACCGACCCUCCUUCUGAUCAAAACAACCAAACAAGAGGUAUGUGGCGCUUAUUUGUCAACUGACUGGAAUGAACGUAAGCGAGGAGGAGGCAAGCUGAGUUACUUCGGGACAGGAGAAUGUUUUGUUUUCAGGCUGGUACCUGAAGUGGAGCGCUACGAGUGGGUGAUAAUCAAGCACCCGGAGCUGGCUGUGGCCGGAGUCGAACAAGCAAACAGUUCUUCGCAGAUGUCCGACCCUCCGUCUUCAGCGAGCCUCCCCUCCAAUCCCUCAGACCGCCUCUCACCCUUUCUUUCGGCCCGGCACUUCAAUUUACCUUCCAAAGCGGCCUCCAUGUUUAUGGCUGGGGGUGUGGAAUGCAUCAUCAUAGGAGGAGGUGAUGGGCAGGCUCUCUACAUUGACGCAGACCUCAACCACGGAAGAACGGGGCACUGCAACACUUUUAACAACCAGCCAUUGUGUUCUGAAAGUUUCCAGAUUGCUAUCAUGGAAGUGUGGGGUUUCAGGGACACCAUGAGCAACUGAGCGGGCUGUGAAUUGCAGGGCCAUUCCGAGCCCCCUUCUGCUGCAAGAGCCAGUAGGACUUUGGCACUACAGUCGUGGGUUCCUUUGGGGGUUUAGAAAGCUACCUUUCAGGCCUGGACUGAAAUUUUUUGUCGGGCUAAUCGAUUGAAUCCUCCCUCUGCGCUCCUGGUGCAUAUCCCUGGGAGUGCUCUCCCUCCGACAUAUCGAUGCCCGGCUGCGUCAAAGCUGGGGGACCGCCUUCGGGGAGGCCGUGUGUUUUUGGCAGCUUGUUUGGAAAGGGACUCGGGUGUCUCACUUACCCUGGUGUAGCACAAGGUUCAGAUUCCUGCAAAUGUGAACUCGGGUCCAAAGUGGUUUGCGUACAAUCGGAUCGUAUUAAAUUUCAAAUUUCCCUUUUCCCUCCCAGCUACGGUCCCACUGUUAUGUACCAUGGAGUGUGGGAGAGUCCUGUUGCACUUAUGCACAAUACUCCCAGUGGAACUUUUGAUCUAGAUCAGGCAUGGGACAGCUUGGGCCCUCCUUUUCUCCGGGUGUUUUGGACUGCAACUCCCACCAUUCCUCACAGCCUCAGGCCCUUUCCUUUUCCCCCUCAGCCGCUCAAGUGACCAGAUAAUCACAUACAACGCAGGAAGAUACUCAUACUGAGUCACAUGGGAGAGAGAAAGGUGGAUUCUUUCGUCGUCCUUAUACGAGGGCUAUCCAGAAAGUAGGCUACGUUUUGGAUUUUAAAAAGGACAAAGUUUAGGAUAAAUCAUUUACCAUAUGCAGCUGAAAGACACAUCCCAAAACUACAAUCUCAUGUAAUCCCCAUUUAUAUUUAGCCACGUUUCUUAUAGAUAAAUGAGUUUGAAAAGUACUGCACCAGUAAAUUCCCCGCCUGUGUCCUCAGCUCUUCCCCCUUCUCCCUUCCUGCAGCGGAGCCAAAAUCCUGCGCUGCCAGCCAUGCCCCCAUUGUUGGAAAUGGAGGAGAGAGGCCGCAAAUUUACAGGUGCAGUACUUUUCAAACUCAUUUAUCUAUAAGAAACGUGGCUAAAUUUAAAUGAGAUUUAAAUUUACAUGAGAUUGUAGUUUUGGGAUGUAUCUUUCAGCUGCAUAUGGUAAAUGGUUUAUUCUAAACUUUGUCCUUUUUAAAAUCCAAAGCGUAGCCUACUUUCUGGAUAGCCCUUGUAUAUGUCAUCAGUAAGGGACACUGGCUUAAGCGGCUGAGGGGGGAAAGGACGGGGCCGGAGGCUGUGAGGAAUGCUGGGAGUUGCAGUCCAAAACAUCUGGAGGGAGAGAGGGAGGGCCCAAGUUGGCCCGUGCCUGGUCUAGACCAUUUCAUGAAUCUAUUCCUUUAUAGAAGUCUUUGUGUUUGCGUGUGCAUAUAUUUGCGAUGCCAGCAUAUCUCUUUGUGUACAUAUAUUUGCGAUGCCCGUGAAGCAUUCGUGCUUCGUGUUGUGAAUGAAGGUGAAGCUGAGUGUUUUUGGGAGCGCUCGUUGACCUGCAGUGCCAGCCCUCGGUUGCAACGCCCUGCCGGCUGCUUUUGUGUUUAUCUUCCCGGUUGUGCAUAUCAGGAAUAUCAUUUUUAGGGUUGGGGAGUAGAUUCAGGCAGCUAAAGCCCCAGGCGGUGGAUGCAGGACAAUUUCCCCCUUUGCACCUAUGCGGGUGGUGGUCAUGGAAAUUGAGAGAAUCUUAAGCAACAGUGUUAGUAUUCCGGUGUAUUGAGACUUUGUUGAAAAGUUCAUUGCAGCAGGUUAGAGAAAAAUACCUGAUCAGUCUCUCAAUUAAUUACCAAUGAUGUAUUUCUUCUCCUAGCUGCAGAGGGUGCUGUUUUCUCAGUAACCAGAGCGAUCACUGAACGUCUGUUUACGUAUCAAUAACAUUCCUUUACUACAGGUUGGAGUCUUCUCUUAUCAUAGAUACACAGCCUACCUUGUUAUCUGACUGCGAGAGUUGCCAGUUAAAAGUUUUGAGAAUGGAGGUUGCUUUGCCAUAUCUUUAAGACAUAUCCAACGAUCCGUAGUACUUGGCUCUUUCUUUCGUUAUUAGUAACUGGGUCAUUUUCAAUGCCAAGAGGUCUAAAAUGUAAAAAAACGUUCCCACCAUCAUGUUAUAAUAACUUUAUUUUUAUAUUUUUAUACCCUGCCUCCAUAUCCACUCAGGGCAGCUAACAUGGGGCCAAGCCCAGAUAAUCAUAAUAAAACAGGAUGAAAUACAUACAGAACAAAACAGGCAUCCUCAACGAAAAUAAUAAUAAUUUGAACAGAAUAAAACAAUCAUAUUAAACAGUAAUGUACUGAUUAAAUAAAAGCUACAUUGUAAGAGUGAAAUGUUCUCCAAUUUUGUUCAAAUUUUAGCCGUAGCGCCAGUCAGGUGUUAAACUAAGUUUCCCAAAAUGGGAGGUCUCUCGCUGCAAUAGUUGCUGAUCUAGACCUCCUUAUAGGAAGGGUAGUCAGCAUGCACACAACAUUUAACAAAAUCCCAUUUUUGGGGUCUCAUAAAAUUGAAACUAAAUGUAUAAGAAUGGCUAGGAAAUUGAAAUCCUGUACAGUUUUUUUUCUGCUAAUUCUGAUGAAAUUAAUUUUAACACUAUGGACGCAGAUAAACUGCAUUGAACUGAAUGAUACGGCACUGUAGACUCAUAGAAUCCAGUUCAAUGCAGCUCAAUUGACAUUAUAUCCAGCUAGACAAGUUGACUCAAAGUGUGCAUCCAAAUGUGUCGUGACAAUUUGUGUCUAAUAUUCAGACUGCGACAAUUUCCAUGCAAGCAAAGAUGCGGACUUGACAUUUUGACCAAACAUGAUGCUUGUGCUGGACAUAAUCCUUCCAGAUUUGCAACUAUCCAGCAUCUAUAACCGCCCUGCAGGAUCUCUUCAGAUUUGGCACAAAUAGUAAAAUCUACCAAAGCCAAUUAUGUAAGAAAUGUCUAUCUGAAUAUGCUUGUGAAUAGUUUCAUCUGAAAAGGAAAAUUUUGCUCUACAAGACCGAUACGGUUUUGUUUUGCAAUGCGACCAUUAAAUAUCCAUUUACUCAGGUCCAAGUAUGUUACAUUUUGUGCAUUUAUGCAUCCUCAUGGUCCUGCUACAACACAUCAGUCUUGUAGUCAUCACAAUAGGGGCCAAAAUUUCAAGUCCGUAUCUUCGUUUGCAUGGAAAUUGUUGCAUUCUGAAUUCUGGUCAAAAUUUGGCUCUACAAGACGGAUAUGUUUUUGUUUUGCAAUGCGACCCUUAACCAUCCAUUUACUCAGUAUGUUAUGUAUCACAUGGAAGCCAUCAUCCUCAUCACCAUAGGGCAAAAUUUUCAAGCCCGUAUCUUUGUUUGCAUGGAAAUUAUUGCGGUCUGAAUAUUGGUCAAAAUCUGUUGCAACACAUUUGGAUGUUGCACCCAUAAUAUUAAAAAUUAAUUUCAUCAGAAUCAGCAGAAAAAAAACUGUACAGGAUUUCAAUUGACUAGCCAUUUCCAUUUUAUUAGACCUCAAAAAUGGCAUUUUCUUAAAUAUGGUGCACUUGCGGACUGACCACCCUUCAGAUCGGGGGUCUAGAUCAGCAGCUAUUGCAGUGAGAGACCUCCCAUUUUGAGAAACUUAGUUUCACACCUGACUGGCGCUACAGCUAAGAUUUGAACAAAAUUGGAAAACAUGAUGGUGGGAAGGUUUAGACCACUUGGCAUGGAAAUGUCCCAAUUGGCUCAAACACCGACUUCUGAAACAACAAUGGAAUAGAGACCACUAUCUUCUGCCUCUGUGAUCAAGAAAGGUGGUGGAACCCAUAGCGUGGAUGGUUGCAAGGGCUUGGGAAUUAUUGUCCAAGGGGAAUGUGCACUAGUAGUAUAUCACGUAAUCUACUUCAGCAUAAAUAUCAAGGUGGACGGGAUCAAAACAUUUCCGGUGAUCUGUAUCACACAGCCUGUUCACCUACCAAGUAUUGUUUCUGUCAGUGGCAAUACAUUGAUUCAACCAAUGUAUUGCCGUGUCUUAGGAAUUAAAUCCGUUAUAGUAGUAA